CAAUAAAAAGUCUAUUGACUGUACUUGUCAUGCAGUGCACACACAUACAGAGAGGAGAGGAGCUGGUUCAUAUAUCACUGACUGUGAGUGCAGGGAUUUAAAGGGUUGUAUCCUGGUCAAAUAUUUACUUUGCAGUGCGUCAAGACUGAUCUUGGCUAAACUAACUUUAAAGAUGUCACAUACAAACAACACAAUCACUUUCCCUGAGCUCAUCAAACUCAAACGUGAUGGUGGUCAACUCACCGAUGAAGAGAUCCAUGCCUUUGUCCAAGGGGUCAAAUCGAAAGCCAUAAAAGACAGUCAAAUAGGGGCUAUGCUCAUGGCCAUUUGGUUAAAGGGCAUGUCUGAAAAAGAGACCAUGCAAUUGACCAAAGAGAUGAUGAAGUCUGGGGAAGUGUUUGUCUGGUCGGAUGAAUGGCUUGUGGUGGACAAACACUCAACAGGUGGAGUUGGAGACAAAGUGAGCCUGCCACUUGCACCUGCUUUGGCUGCGUGUGGCUGUAAGGUGCCCAUGAUAAGUGGUAGAGGAUUAGCGCAUACAGGUGGCACACUGGAUAAGCUGGAGUCUAUUCCUGGCUUUAAUGUCAACCAGUCAGUGCAACAGGUAAAGCAGAUCUUACAAGACAUAGGCUGUUGCAUUGUAGGACAGACCGAGAGUCUGGUGCCAGCAGAUCGAGUUCUCUAUGCCCUCAGAGAUGCCACAUCAACCGUAGACAGUCUUCCUCUCAUCACAGGCUCCAUCAUUUCUAAGAAAGGAGCAGAAGGUCUGAAUGCACUUGUAUUGGAUGUGAAGUUUGGCAGGGCUGCGUUGUAUAAAGAUUUGGACAGUGCGCGCCAUCUUGCCCACUCACUGGUAACUGCAGGCAACAACCUGGAUAUAAAAACAGGGGCGGUACUUAGCCGUAUGGACGCUCCGAUUGGUCGUUGUGUGGGAAAUGCAGUUGAGGUGUGUGAAGCCCUCGAGUGUCUUAAAGGACGGGGGCCAGAUGACCUAAAUGAACUUGUUUCAACUUUAGGUGGGUACUUAUUGUGGAUAAGUCGCCACUCUUCAACAUUAGAGAACGGGAAAAAUAUGAUUCUCCAAAAACUAAAGAACAGAGAAGCCCUGAAAAAGUUUCAGGCUAUGUUGGUGGCCCAGGGUGUGACCGCAGACGCUGCCCAAUUCCUGUGCGCAGACGACGCAGACUACUUUAAGCACAUGAAGAGAGCAGCACAUCAAACAGAGCUUAAAGCACAACAUGAUGGAACGGUUUUAGAGAUUGAUGGCAUGACCGUGGCCAAGGUGCUGCACAAGUUAGGGGCGGGACGUAAUGAACCUGGUGAGAAAAUCGAUCACAGUGUGGGAGCAGAGAUUUUGGUAGACAUGGGACAGCGGGUAACUAAAGGUCAAUCCUGGAUCAGGAUUCAUCACAAUAGUCCAGAACUGAAUCCACACCAACAUUCUGACCUUCAGAAAGCUUUGGUUAUUGGCAGCAGUGACGAAUUUAAGACAGAGUCACGUGUAGCAGAAUUCAUCCAUCCCAGAUAAUGCCAAAAUGUAAAAAAAACAUACUUUUUUAAGAAUUAUUUUAAAAGGUUUAAGUUUAAGUAUGGUUCUGUAUAUGUAAAGUACCACGAGGGCUAAAUUGAUACCAGGUAGGACUUGGGAAGCCAGACAAUACAAACUAAAGAUUAUUGAACUUUGAGCACUUCGAAAGCCAUCUGGGAAAUCUUUAAACGCGUUUGCUUACCAGUGGCCUCUGAAAUAUUAUUGUAGCCCAGGGCUGCUCAAUAUCCACCUGCCUUCAAAGUUCAGUCAUAACUUUAAUGAUUCUCACCUGAAGCAACUAGGUAAACAAAACUUAAGGGUUGAGUUGAGAAAUGAAAUUUGCAGGAAGGUGGAUCAUCAGAAGAAUGCGCACAAAAACUGUUUAGAAACUUUGUAUGAAUGUGCAUGUUAAAUAUUUAUGUGCAGAUAAAUUGUCACUUUGUAUUUCUACUGCAUUAAGAUGAUUUUAACCUCGGCAGUUACAUUUAAAUGUGAUGUAUUGAAGUUAUGAGCUUUUCAAUAUAAAUUCACCAACUUUGUUUAUACUCAAAUAGUUUUUCUUUAAAACACAUUGCUUUCUUUGUAUUUCUUAAAUAAAUUAGAUUAUUCAGAUUUUUUGGGGUUGGGUUAAAUGAAUUUUGCUGCCACCUAGUGGGGGAAAAAGCGUACAACACUUUUUUUUAUUAACAUCAGGUUUUAAAUAAUCGCAAUUCGUAUUUAAUAUAUUUCAUUAAUCUAAUCUUUAAGUAAGUCUUUAUCUAAAAUGUCACAUUUAUUAGAAUUGUUCACGCAUGCAAAAGACCUUUAAUAGUUAAGCUUUAUAAUUUAAGAACCAUUAACAAAAAUUUUACAUUUUCCAAACUGAUGUUGUAUUAUGUUAUGUUAUGUUUUUUGUUAUGUCGGUGAGGCAAUCUAAUUCCUAACUUUCUUAAUAUAAGAAUGGGGUAGGGAGUUUAUACGAUUUUUUUCUUCAUCCUACUCCUGUCCUUCUUGACAUGGAAUGUAUUUUUGUUGUGUUUGUUAGAUUGUUGUUGUGGCGUUUCGCGUUGCAUUACCAUGAAAAGAAAAAUAAAUCAAUGAAAUAUGUUCCA